AUAAUGACACCUACAAUUCACCGAUGCGAAACACGGCGCACAGCGCGUACCGAACCGGGGCCGAACCGUCCGAUAUAGUGCGCGCGGCCUCGCGGCUCAAUCGCUCGGUGUGCGGCUCCAUCGCCGUCAGUUGCUGGGACGUGGUCAACUGGAACGGGUGCGUUAUUCUCAGGCGUGCUCGAACGUACCGGACUGCCAAACCAACCCGAUCGGGGAGCGCAGCGACCAGACAGCACCUCGUGUGGGGUAGGGUGUGCUUAAUCCAACUUUCGCAAAACACUCACAAACACACACGCAUCGGAGGUGGGGUAAACCAGUUCUGCAUUGGCGUGUUGGUUCGUGUGUUUGCACCCCCAUUUUUUUGUUGGUUCGUUGUUUGUGAUUGUUUCGUUCGCGAAGAAACUGGACCGUGUCCCGGACCGGGUGUGUGUGUGCAUGUGUGCAUGGUUACCAGUCCGUACCCAGAGGUGAACAGUUGGGGUCGUGUUCCGAGCGGCCACAGCCACACAGCUGGAAGGAAUUAGUGUGUUAGUGUAGUAAGCUGUAAAAGUAUUUUCGCAUGUGAUUAAACUCAUUGAAGCAGAAGAUCCCGAAGAUUGCUGUUACCAGUGUCCAAGUGGUGCGGAAAGCAUAAAUUACUUAGUAGACAGCAAUCCUGAGGUGACAAUAGAGGUUCCCUCUGGUGACAAUCUUAAGGACAUCAUGGAGACAAAGCCAGACAGUAAAGUCGACGAUGGCAUCGACGCUCCGUUGUGGAUGUUUUGGAAGCGACGGCGCUACAUUGUGGUGUUUAUGGCGUUCCUGGGCUUCUUCAACGUCUACUCGCUGCGGGUCAACCUGAGCGUAGCCAUCGUUGCGAUGACGGAGAACCGGACCGUACACUACGAAAACGGCACCGUCGGAUACGAGCAAUACUUUGAUUGGAGCUCCAGCCUGCAAGGUUACGUGCUGAGCUCGUUCUUUUACGGCUACAUCCUGACGCCCUUCCUGGGUGGCUUCAUCUCGAACCGAUUCGGGGGUAAUUAUGUGUUUGGAGUUGGCAUUGGUACGACUGCCGUCCUGACGCUGUUGACACCGCUGGCCGCCAAGGCGGGAGUGGCCGUCCUGCUGGCGGUGCGCAUUGUGGAAGGCAUCUUUGAGGGUGUGACCUUCCCGUGCAUUCAUGCCGUGUGGUCACGGUGGGCCCCACCGACCGAACGGUCCCGUAUGGCGUCGAUUGCGUUCGCCGGCAACUACGCGGGCACGGUCGUAGCGAUGCCGAUGAGCGGAAUUCUCGCCAAUGCCUGGGGCUGGGAGAGUGUGUUCUACGUGUUUGGUGUGAUUGGAUGCAUCUGGUUCGUGGCAUGGAUGUUCUUCGUCAAGACAUCGCCCGAGGUGGACAAGUGGAUCAGCCAGCGGGAGAAGGAGUUCAUACUGGAGUCGCUGGGACGUACCGAGGGCGAGCAGCAGAAGAUCAAGCAUCCGUGGAAGGGCAUCCUGACGUCGGUGGCCGUAUGGGCAUUGGUUGUGUCGCACUUCUCGGAGAACUGGGGCUUUUACACGCUGCUCACCCAGCUGCCAACGUUUUUGAAAGAUGCCAUGCACUUUGAGCUGGAGAAGACAGGCUUCGUCUCGGCCGUACCGUAUCUGGUGAUGGGCAUCCUCCUGUUCGUGUCCGGUUACCUUGCCGAUUGGUGUCAGGUGAAGGGCUACCUCACCACUACGCAAGUCCGUCGCUACUUCAACUGUGGCGCCUUCCUAGCCCAAACGGUGUUCAUGAUCGUCGGUGCGUUCAUCCUCGAGCCGGGACCAACGAUCACCUGCAUUACCAUUGCCGUUGGGCUGGGUGCAUUUGCGUGGUCCGGAUUUGCGGUGAACCAUCUCGAUCUGUCCCCGAAGAGUGCGGGCGUGCUGAUGGGCAUCUCGAACACGUUUGCAACGAUCCCCGGUAUCGUGAGUCCCAUCAUCACCGGCUACAUUACGUCGAACAAGAGCGACGAGGAGUGGAAGACGGUAUUCUACAUCGCUGCCGGCAUCUAUCUGGUUGGGUGCGUUAUCUACUGGUUCGGUGUUUCGGGCGAGCUGCAACCGUGGUCGAUUGAGGCGCAGGAACGGCGGGAGCAGGAAAAGCAGCAACCGAAAGCGAUCGAAAGCCUGGCGUACACGAACAAAGUGAGCAUGGAGGAUGAGAUGUAGGAGAGGAGGGGGGAAGGAGCUGUGAGCUGUUGCAAAUCGUGAGCCAAGAUGAACCAUAUUAGGAUGUAAUAGAUGUACUAAAAUGCGGCCGGUAUCUGGCUGGAAACUCCACUGUUUGGGAAGGGCAUUGCAAAUGGGCUUAAGUGUAUGUGUCUAGGACGGUGCAGAUCGAUAACGAAGCACGUUUGCCGAGCAAAGCUUACCUGUGUUUUAUAAUGUAUUUCAAUAAAGUAUAAUAAAUUGUUUAUAAUAUGAA